UUUAUUAGCUUGCUGCCUGAAGUCACAUUUCAAAUGAAAUACUUGUAUCUGAUUAUAUUGGUCUCUUUGGUGACUUGUCGGUUCAGCGAGGAUUUUUACCGAAUUUUAGCUAAGGAGAAUGCUAAAAAGAACCUUAUAAGUUCACCUUUCUCCGUUGAGAUCACAUUGAGUAUGGUUUACAUGGCAGCAGGGGGUAAAACGGCCCAAGAACUUAGGAAAACUUUAAAACUACCCGAGGAUAAAAACGAGCUGGUCAGCAAGUACACUGAAUUUUUUGCAAAUCUUGAGGGGCGUGAGAAGGCAGUCAUUCUCGAUCUGGCAAACCGCAUAUAUGUGAAUGGAAAAUAUCGCCUCGUGCCGGAGUUCAAUCAAGUACUGCAAAACUCAUUUAAAGCCGAUGCCAAGGCGAUCAGUGUAGAUGAUCCAGUAAAGGCGGCUUCCAAUGUCAAUAAUUGGGUAUCCAAUAAGACGCGAGGCAAGAUCCGAGAAAUGGUUUCUCCCACUGACAUGAAUUCAUUUCUAAGCGCUAUUUUGGUGAAUGCAAUUUACUUUAAAGGCCAAUGGAAACAUGAGUUCAAUGCUGACCAAACUCACACGGCUGAUUUUCAAGUGUCUGUUGAAAAAAGUGUUCCUGUCCAGAUGAUGACUUUAUCCGGAUCCUUUGGGACAGCCUACUUGCACGACUUGGAUGCUAAGGUAAUCGAACUACCCUACAGGAACUCCAGUCUUUCGAUGCGCAUUUUUCUGCCCAACAAAAUCGAUGGACUCAGUGAAUUAGAAGAACAAAUUGCAGGAUUAUCCAUUCUUCUGCGGAAAAGCCCUGUGAACAUAAAACUUCCCAAGUUUAAAAUUAAAUUUAACACACAACUAAAGGCCAUUCUUCAGAAACUGGGCAUCCGAGAAGCUUUUAAACCUUCAGCGAACUUUCAAGACUUAGUAAUGGGUUCUGGCAUCAAGAUUGACAAAGUCGUGCAAAAAGCAUAUUUAAAGGUCGAUGAGAAGGGUUCCAAGGCAGCAGCUGCAACAGGGGUACUAAUUCGUAGAAAAAAGUCGGUUGGUCUGCCUCCACCGCUUCCUAUGGAGUUUGUGGUCGAUCAUCCUUUUGCCUACAUAAUACGUGAUCAAAGUACUAUUUACUUUCAGGGACACAUUGUUAAGCCGCAGUAAAAAAAGACAGUUUUGAAUAUAACCGAUAUAUUUUAAUAAUAACAAAAUCGUAAAAA